AUGCCCAAGCUUCGUGAUUUCCUCUACACCGGAUACUACGCCAUUGUGGAGAGCGACGUUGCCGAUUACUCUACCAAAGUCAAAAUUGCAACUAAAUGCAUUACAUGUAACAACUAUCUACGCCUUCUCUGCCUACACAAAGAGUUGUUUGAAACUGCACGGUACUUGAAGAUGGAGCUACUCCAGCUUCUCGCAAUGGACAAAUUCGCUCGGGCCAUCGAAGGUGCCCAGCCCAUAGUCUUGCAAGCUAUGGUACAGGAAGUCUAUACCAUGUAUCCCUGGAGUGAACCAGAUCUUCGCGGAAAUGCAUAUCGGAUCGCAGGGUUCCUUGACUUCCGACCCCAAUUCAUUAUGCAUGCCGUUGUGAAGCUGAUGACAAAUGAAGAUCCUGAACUGUGGACAAGAACGAAUUCUCGAGCCAAAAGUGUUUGGAAUAUAUCGACCGCUGCUCCCGUCGAUCUUUUCGAAGAGCUUCGCGGUCUGUUCCCGAAGUUUGACCAAGACCUCAAUCGUGCAUUGGGUGUAUUGAGUGAUGCACCGCAGAUAUGGGGCUCAUCACCUGGCCCUGCCUGGUCCCUCGAAGAUAACCCAUACCGUGAUCAAGUGACGGGAUAUGGAAAGUAA